UCCCCGCAUUGCAGCUGCGCCGGCCAUGGUGUGCCCGCUAGCGAUGGCAGAGUAGCGGAUCUGGGAAAUUUCGUGUUCUUCCGCGGGAAUUCGCUCUUCCGGCGCUUGCGGAGAGGAAUUCCGGGGAAAUGCAGCUAUAGGAGGAGGCUGCAAUGAGGAAGGCGAUGAGCAGGGCGCGAAAGAAGGGAUCCGCGCCCUUGGAACUGAGCAGGGAUAUGUAUGGAUUCAUCUUGAGGCCACAGCAUUUGCAAAGGUAUCGGGAGUUCACAUCGAUUUACAAGGAAGAAGAAGCCGAAAGAUCUGAGCGUUGGGAGCAUUUCCUGAGAACUUACGGUGAUGCUGCGGAUUUUUCAGCCACCAAAGGAGCUGAAAAGGACGCUUCAUCAGACGGUGAAGUUAAUGCGAAGCCUGACGGUGAAAAUAGAGUUGUCCAGAGGUGGGGUGAAUUAAGGCCGUCUCUCAACAUUGUGGAACAAGGAAUUGCGACUAAUGCCGGCAGGCAGCAGCAUGCAACCAAACCACUAGAAAAUGGGGACGUUUUGAAGACCCGGAAAACAGAUAGCGGAGCAUCUGAUAUUGAUGACUCGGACGAUGAGUUUUACGACGUGGACAAGUCGGAUGCUGUUGCUGAUUCUUUAGUUUCCAGUGACCAGUCAGACAGCGAAUCGGCCAUUCAUGGAAAAGAAAGUCCAUGGAGAGAAGAGCUGCAGUUCCUUGUUCGAGGCGGCGUUCCUAUGGCUCUGCGAGGGGAGCUUUGGCAAGUGUUUGUUCGCACCAAGACAAGGAGAGUUGAAGGACACUAUGAGCGUUUGUUGGAAAAGCCAUCAAGCAAUGGAAAUGGGAAUGCUAAUGGUUAUACACACCAUGACGAACCUCCCUCUGUUCCAGCACAAGAAAAAUAUGUGAACCAAAUUGAAAAGGACUUACCGCGAACUUUUCCUGGUCAUCCAGCUCUAGAUGAAGAUGGUCGGAACGCAUUGCGCAGGCUUUUGACUGCAUACGCACGACAUAAUCCUGAUGUUGGAUACUGUCAGGCCAUGAAUUUUUUUGCUGGGUUGCUUCUUUUGCUGAUGCCGGAGGAAAAUGCGUUCUGGACAUUGACCGGUAUCAUAGACGAGUACUUCCAAGGCUACUACUCCGAAAAGCUUUUAGAAGCACAGGUGGACCAACUUGUCUUUGAAGAGCUUGCUCGAGAACAGUUUCCGAGGCUAAUUUCGCAUUUUGAAUCCCUUGGUGUUCAAAUAUCGUGGAUGAGUGGACCCUGGUUCCUAUCUAUAUUUGUGAACGUCCUACCUUGGGAAAGUGUUUUGAGAGUAUGGGAUGUCUUGCUUUUUGAAGGCAACCGAACUAUGCUUUUUCGCACUGCUCUUGCUCUUUUGGAGCUGCAUGCUCCUGCUCUUCUGGCCUCACGUGACGCUGGCGAUUGUAUCUCGGUGAUGCAAACAGUGACCGGUGCAACAUUUGAUAGCAGUCAGCUUGUCUUGACCGCUUGCAUGGGUUUUCAAAAAAUCGAACGGCUGGAGGCGCUUCGGACCAAAUACCGGCCAAUCGUUUUAGCAACUCUUGAUGAACGAGCAGCCGAGCUUCGUUUAUGGAGGAGUUCCCAAGGCGCUCUUGUCAAAAAGCUCUCAAGGAAAUUUAGCUCACUGAACACGUCUACCAAGGAAAUCACCACGGCGGAAAUCAUUGCUGAGUCAGGUGAUAUUGAAGAAAUAGACGAGGAAGACGAAGAAAUUGACGAGAAGGAUCCUGCUGACUUGGAAGAGCAGGUGGCCUGGCUGAAAAAUGAGCUGUGUCUCGCGCUCGAGGAAAAGAAAAGAGCAACGGCCAGGGCAGAGGAAUUAGACGUGGCUUUGAUGGAAAUCGUCAAAGACGAUAACAGGCGAGAAUUGUCUGCAAAGGUGGAAAGCCUAGAAGCUGAACUUUCUACUGUUAAACAGAUGCUAUCUGACAAGCAGGAGCAAGAAAAGGCCAUGGUGCAGGUUAUGCUGAGAAUUGAACAAGAGCAGAAACUUACUGAAGACGCGCGGUGUUUUGCCGAGCAAGAUGCUGCGGCACAACGGCAUGCUGCCACAGUAAUGCAGGAAAAAUAUGAGCAGCUGAUGGACAAGUUUGCGGCUCUGGAAAAGAGAGCAGUGAUGGCCGAGACAAUGCUGGAAGCAACUCUACAGUACGAGGCCGGACAGACCGGAAACCUCCGACGCCAGAAGGAGGAGGAGCCCUCUAAAUGGUCCUGGCCUCUUUCCUCACCAAGGAGCACCGAGGCUGCUACAUCAAAGCCAAAGCCCAGCAGCCCUGUAGAGUCUGGGAAAUCGACAGACUCUCAGGAGGAGCCAGCGCGCAAGCCGGGCCUUUUCUCGCGGAUCAGCUGGAGCAAGCUACCAAAGAACCAGGCAUCUCCCGAGCCAAGUGGUGAUCGAGCGCGCGAGGAGAAACCAGCGGAAGAGGAAGCGACGUUGUCCAAGCCUUGCGAAGAGGAGGACACGGCAACUAGUGCUGGUGCCGAGGACAAGGCAGGGGAGGUGAGUGACAAUGUCAAGGCUUAGAAACCUUCCAACAUUCUCUGUUUCGAAGCUUCUUUGUACAGAAUUGAUUGAGCAAUAGAUAGUUAUUACAGUUUUGGCAUGCU